AUGGAGUUUGAUCCAAGUUUCCAAGGGCAACUACAACACCCAUUCCUUUCAACUCAUUUUCCUACAAACCCUAACAUGAUGCCACAAAUCCAAACCAUGUUUCCCUCACAAAGCCCUAUUUUGAUUCCACCAUCACCACCACCACCACCCAUCAUGUUUCACCCCAACAACAUUUUCCACCAUAUUCAAGAUCAUACCUUUGGGGUACCUACCCAAAACCCUAAUUUUUUGUUUGAGGGUCCUUUAAAACCCACCACAACCCCUUUUUGUGGGAUGUUAACACCUUCUUUAGGGUCUUCCCUAGGAGGUUUUGCCAAUGUUUCCCAUCACCACCACCCUAUGAUGUUGCCACCACCAAACAACAACAAUGUUUUGCAUGGCCAACAUGAUGGCAAAGUCAUAUGGGAUUUCUCUCAAAAAACCAUGAUUCAUCCAUCUCAUGCUUCUUCUUCUUCCAACUCACCUUCAUGUCUUUCUCUUCCUAAUAUCACUCAAUACAAAUGGGAAAGUAAUCAAAAGAUAAAAAUGAAAAAAAAUACUAAUGAUCUCAUAAUCAAAGGGUGGUGGACUCCUCAAGAGGACAGUAGUCUUGUGGAAUUGGUGAAUGAAUUUGGGUUGAAGAAAUGGACCCAAAUUGCAAAAUUUCUACCCGGAAGGAUUGGGAAGCAAUGUCGAGAAAGAUGGUACAACCAUCUUCAGCCAAAUAUUAAGAAGGAAUCAUGGACCCUGGAAGAAGACAUGAUUCUGAUGAAAGUUCAUCAAGAAAUUGGAAACAAAUGGUCUGAAAUUGCAAAAAGAUUACCUGGGAGAACUGAGAACAACAUAAAAAACCAUUGGAAUGGUAUCAAGCGUCGACAAGACUUUAAAAGGAACAACAACAAGAACAAUGACAACCCUAAUUACGAUGAAUCAAUGCUCCAUGCAUACAUCAAAAGGGUUACUGUCACUGAAGAAGCUGCAAGAGUUCAGAAGAAAUCUGUCAGCAAGAGUAAUAAGAAAGAUCAAUGUUCAUAUAACAUGCUUGAUGGAAAUAGCAAUUUAGCUAAGAAUGUGGGUAUAUGA